CUCGAAAAAUCCGCGGUCACACUGACUGAUACUUACACGUGCUUCUUCGGACGGCUUCAAUAAAAUUUAAAUAAUAAAAAAAAUAUGAUGAAGGUGAAAGUAGAACGCUCUAGUGAUGCCAAUGAGUCCGUUCAGAUCAGCGGAGACGUGACCAUUAAGGAGGAGGAGACCUACGACGACAAACUGCUGUUUGUGAAUGCGAUAGCCAAGCCUAUGGCGGGCAAGAAGCUCGCCAAGAAGUGCUAUAAACUGGUGAAAAAGGCCAUGAAACACAAGACCUAUCUGCGGAAUGGCCUCAAGGAUGUGCAGACGCGCUUGCGCAAGGGAGAGACUGGCAUUUGCAUCUUUGCUGGCGAUGUGACACCUGUGGACAUCAUGUGCCAUCUGCCUGCCGUCUGCGAGGAGAAGGGCAUUCCCUAUGCCUACACCCCGAGUCGUGCAGACCUGGGUGCCGCCAUGGGCGUCAAGCGGGGGACAGUUGCGCUGCUCAUCCGGCAGAACGAUGACUACAAGGAUCUGUACGACGAGGUCAAAGAGGAGUUGUCCGGCUUGAAUGUCCCCAUCUAACCCCUUAGGAUUAAGUCUUGUAUCCCCUUUAGAAUCUAGUUAAGCUUAACGAACUAAUAAAGGUCAGACUCCUUCUCUUUGGAAGGUUUUGCUGCCGCCAAAA